AAACCAUUCACGCAUAACAUCACCAACCAGGCUAUAGAAUCGUAUCAUGAACAUUUGAUAAUCGUUGACGGAUUUGCUAUGCUUGAGGGCUCUGAAUGCCGCGCGGUAACCCUCGUUCACUUCUUUCUUGGAUAAUUGUCACGAAUUCUCAUCUGAACUUCCCUCAAGACAAAUAAUCCUGCGUGCUGACAUCAAAAGACCAGAAUUCGCAAUGUCACAUGACGUGAGGAGGCGUGAUCGUCCCCAACCGUUGGUCCUUAGGGACUUUAGACAAGCUUUCAGUAGCGGGGAUCAUCCAAGUUAUGAUCGGCAAUAACGAAUUAAACUAGUGGAGUUACAUUAUAGUCAAGCGUCUUGUAUAGGUGUGAUCCGUGGUUGAUUACCUCAAUAUGACCAAUUUUUUCCGCAUAGGUCGCCAGCCUUGAGUUGUCUGGAUUGGGCUUGCUUCCGGCCCUCGAGCGAAAGCACGUAAGCUCGUAUGCGGAAAGAGAUCCUAUUUGCGCAUCCUUGCUUGUUAUCAUUAUUUUCGGGACCGCCCAUUCUAACUAUUCAGAGUCGAGACCUACGAUUGCACCUGUAGUUCGAACACGUCCUCUGGUCCUGGUUGAAACUAAAGAAGGUAUACAUCACUCAUAUCUAAAUUACAGCACAUGAUUUAGUCAUUGCCAAAUAAAGGAAUAUAGGGAUGACUUCUAGAGCUUUGAGAUCAGCCGAGAUGUCGGGUGAGUUUGAUUUCUUCUAAGCUCUGACUGGAUCUUUUUACUUGUCCAAAUUCAUUUUGAAACAGAAAAGACUCUUCACACUUCAAACACUUCUAUCAUUAAGCAAGGAUUGCAACUCUUGUUCCUGGACGCAAACACGAUUUAAACAUGGACGACGUUGCAGAGAAGGAGCCAUGUGCCGAAGACAUUAUAGUUCCUCAUCGUUUACUUCGAAGCUCAGGUUAUGCUCGACCUUCGCAUUCGCGGAACCUCUCACUUAUGGAAGAGCCUGGAUUUCUCUCUUCAACUGUUCAAAGACAGAAAGAGGUGAUCCACAGAGCGUUGAGUGUUGCAAUUGCCGACGAUGCGGAAAGCCGAGUCACGGGCAUUGAAUCUUCUGCGAAUGAUUGUGAUCCAUCUAUGGAUCGUCCUCACCUAAGGAAAUCAAGCUUGUCCGCCCCAUGAAUGAACAGCGUCUCUGAAUUUCCCAUACCCUGCACCUCACAUCCAUCGCGUGAAACCUUUAGCUCGAUUGAUGAUGUUGCAAAGGAUUCUGUUCGCUUCAACGAGAAGAACAUUGCAGAAGAACAGGUGCGGCGUGGAAAAAUCUCACACGCGCCACCUCCACGACGGCCAACAAUGAUGCCCGACGUCGUCAACAAUGUGGUUAAUGGCGUUUCCUCUAUGGCACGCAAGACGAGCAUGUGGGGCGUGUAUGAAAAGGCCAAGACCAAAGGUCGGGACUUCCAGCGACAAAAAUUGGUUCAAUUUAUCUUUGAGUAUACUGCAUAUGGCAUCAUGUUGGCAUUCAUUUAUCUUGUCCUUAUUGGCUUGCCAAUUUGGAAAGGAACAGUUUAUUGGCUAUACUGGGUGGUUGCACACAAGUUUGUCAUGAUUGGGGGAUUUGCUAUAUUUAUGGGUCUUGCAGCUUUUUACGCAUUCAUUCCUUUAUUUAUCCUAUUCGAAAAAUAUCCUCCUGAUCGUCCCGCGAAUCAUAAUCCAGCAGAUGAUUUCUCUGUCAGAGAUACAGCGCUUUUGAUUCCUUGUUACAAAUCGGCUGGUCUAAUUGCGAACACACUGGAUGCGGCAAUAAAGAUCUUCCCUCCUAGCCAAAUCUUCGUCAUUGCAAACGGAAAUAGUCCCACACCUUUGGACAACACUGAGGAGGUAUGUAAGCCAUACGUUGUAGUUCACAUUUGGAGUCCGAUAGGGUCUAAGCUUGUUGCACAAUUUGUGGGUGGUUUCGCCGCCAGGAAAUUCAAAAAUGUGCUCAUUAUCGAUGAUGAAUGUGCUCUACCUCCAAACUUUCCCGUCGUCAGUGAUCGUCUCAUGGACAAGAUUAUGUGCAUUGGGUACACAAUCAAGUCAAUGGGGCCAAACUCGACGAGGGGCACGUUGUGUCAACGUGCACAAGAUCUUGAGUACAAGCUUAGCGGCUUGCAGCGAGCUGUUGCUGGAAAAUUAGGAUCCGCAACCUUUCCACAUGGAGCUAUUUCUUUGUGGGAUCGAGCUUUUCUGCUCAAAACCUUUUACAAACAUCCUGGCUUCGGCAUAUCUGAAGACUGGUUUUUCGGCCAUGCUUCUCGUCUGCUCGGCAGUCGCAUUACAAUGUGCACAAGUAUAUUCGUAGAAACUGAGACUCCUGAUUCCGUUUUCUUCUCUAGUGGUGGCGCUCGAGGCGGUUUUGGCGAAAUGACAAUCUACAAGCAAAGAUUCAUGAGAUGGAACUUCUUUUUCGUGAAUGGGAUGUUCUACAAUUUGGCAUAUCUCAUCGGCAGCUGGAAGUUAGGAUGGGCAGAGUUUGGGGCAAAGCUGUUCGUUUUCCAAGAGUUGAUUGAAACCCUUCUAUACCUUACCACGCCCUUUGUCCUACCAAUAUCAUUCAUCGUGCGGCCUACGUUUUGCGGCUACCUCCUUGCGGCGACAAUAGGCUUAUAUUUCAUCAACGUCCUCAUCUUCAACGAGGUACAUCUUCGUUUGAAGGGAGAGCGGGUCGACAGCGUCGCUGCCUAUGUUUAUUAUAUGCCAUAUAAAGUUGUAUUAACCUUUGUCAAUGUAGCUAGCUGCUACUGGUCCAUGUUUAAAUAUGCGCGAUAUUUUGCCAAGCGUCACAUGAAAGUAACUGAUGACGCAGAAGCAAUCGAAAUCGUGCUUCGACUGGAGGAAGGGGACCAAAUAGGGCAGGGCAAGGGUCGUAGAAUGACCGUGUCAGCAAUCGGGACGAGGAUGAGUGUUACUACUGGAGCGGAUACAAAGGGGGGUCGACCGCUCUCUCGUGUCAUAACGAAUCUAGAGCCUAUAGUGGAUCCCAACUCCGAAGAACAUCUUACCUCACACUGCCUGGCUGCAGAUCAGAACUCAGUACCAAUUCCAGCAGACGGUGGAAAUUCAGUUGGGUUUGAUAAUGUGGACUGGGUAUAUCGACCAACAAGGCGGCUACGACCGAUAUCGACUAUUAGUGUACAGGCAAUACCAGGGAUUACAAAUCGAGUGAGUACUCUAAUCAUUGAAGAAGAGCAAGAAGAUGGACACGACGAUUAUCAGAGUAAAAGACGAACAAGUUCUGCAAAUCAUAUAGUGUAGGAGCAUGACAAUGCCUAGGUGAAUUAUUUUGUUCCAUCCAAACGCGAAGACUAAGAUUGCGUGAACAACUGAUUCGGAGAUCAUCAAGACUGAUGUGCGAUGGAGGGAUCUGUUCAGUCUAGCAUUGUUGAGUCUUGGUCAUGGUGUACAGUGCACCAGAGAUCGGGGCAUUACAGAACUAUC